CAAUCAAAAACAUACAAAAGAACACGAUCUCUCUCUCUCUCUCUGUUUCAGAAAUCGAAUGGAGCAGAGAAGAGGUGAUCCAAGAAUAUACAUCGUCACUCUUCUUUUUCUUUCAUGUAUCGUCACAGGAGGAGUCCUUCUCGGACUUUACCUCCUCCUCCCUGAUCCGGACCCUCUGUUUCUAACAGCGGGUAUGUUCUUCGUUGGUAUCCCUUGGCUCUUCUGGUUCUUGGCUUACCUUUACUCCUGCGUCCUCAAGCCCUGCACCGUCUCCGUAAGCAAAAGCGUUGCCAGUUUCGAUCCGGAGAAAGGCGAGGAAAAGAACAACAAGAAUAUCUCGGAAGGUGAGAAGAACGUGCAGCUUGAGAAUGUGGUGGUGGAGCAAGAACAAAAAAAUGGUAGAUUGAGUUCAAGAGGCCAUGAUGAUGAUGAGGACUGCGAUAGAACUCCCUUGAGAUUAUCAGUCGGGAACAAAUGAUUCGAUACUGAAUGAUCAUCAGGAACUGAUGUUAAUAUUGAACAGAGAGGAGAAGAUUUGUGAAAAAGCUUUCUCUCAUUGACUUGUGAGACAAGGAACGCUGUUCUUUGAGUAAGAACAAUAUAUAAUGUGAAAGAUCCUUAGAAGAGUUUGUUUUUAUUGUAGCUUUAAUUUUUUUAUACUUAUGAAUUGAUGAAAAAACAAAUAAUCUGUAACCAAAAUCAGAACAAA